AUGAACCAAACCCAUGGCCAUGGCUAUGACACUGCCUAUGGCUAUCCCUGUGGCUGUGGCUGUGGCUAUGGCUAUGCCUGUGGCUAUGGCUAUGGUUAUGGUUAUGUCCACUGCUAUGGCUAUGCCUAUAGUUAUGGUUAUUGUUAUACCUGUGGCUAUGGCUAUGAUUGUGGCUAUGCCUAUGGCUAUGGUUGUGUCUGUGUCUAUGUCUAUGGUCAUGGCUAUGGCUAUGUCUGUGACUAUGUCUAUGGUUAUAGCUAUGUCUGUGGCUAUGAUGAUGGCUAUGGUUAUGGCUAUGUCUAUGGCUAUGGCUAUGGCUAUGGUUAUGGCUGUGUCCAUACUUAUGCCUAUGGAGGCGCUUGA